GUUAAACGUGAAUUUCAACAAAUUUAAAUGGCUUAAAUUAAUUUUACUGUCAGUCUUGUCUUAAUUCAAAAAUAAAUUUCACAUACGUGUGACUUGUAGACACCACAAGUUUUUUAAGUUAUAUAAUUUGUUAUCAUAAAUUAUUCAUUAAAGUUCUGUAUAAGAAUUACAGUAAUUGUCCGUACAUUUUCAUUAACUCUAUAUUUUUCUUUUUAAAAACUAAAAAUGAUUUCUCUGGUAUGUUCCAUCUCCCUGACCAGUUUGUGUAACAUGAAUGUCUCUCUCCAAUGAACCUUCGCGCAGACAUAAACAGCUCACUUCCGUUAUUAUUAUUUAUAUUAUAAAACAAUUUAAAAUAAAACAAGAACUGCAUUCAUUAACAUGUUCACUCAAUCACCUCCCUCAGAUCGAUUCUUUUUCCUCAACCUUCAUCAACUCAAAACCUCAGAAAUGCAGAUAAUCAUCUUCUUCCCCUUCCUCUUCAUCACCACUUCACUUCUCAUCACCGUCCAUGGCUACGGCUCGACGGGAACCAUCGCCGCAGCUUUCGGUUCAAACGGGUUCUUCUGCGCCAUCGACGCAAGCGGGAAGCAAGAAGUCAUCUGCUGGGACAGAGGCAACACGAACCACUCUCCCGGAGAAAUCUCCGGUUACUCACCUCCGGCGAUGUCUUCUCUCUCCGGCGGCGAAGGCUUCCUCUGCGCCAUCACCUCCAACACCUCGCGUGCCUUCUGCUGGAACCUUCAAGAUCCUUCUCAAAACCUCGUCCCGAAAGCUUUUCAGUACAACUCUUACUCGAGUAUCGCUUCCGGUAACAACCAUGUCUGUGCUAUAAGUGGGUUGUACUACUCAGGUCCUGACUACGGUCCUGUCCAUUGCUGGGAGUAUACGGACACAUCUGGUGUUCUCUGGAACUCGUCUUUUCAUAAUCCUUACAUAGACACUCUCAUGUUUCGUAAGAUUGUGUCGGGAGAUGGGUUUACUUGCGGUGUUACUAAAGAUGGAGAGUUGGUCUGUUGGGGACCAAAGUCAAACGGUUUGGGUCUCUCCGACAAGGGAGAAGGGUUUGAGGUUUUAGCUUCCGGGAGAAACUCUGUUUGUGGUGUCUCUAAAGAGUCAGGUCAGCUUCAGUGCUUCGGAGAUGAGACGGAGUUUGGAGAAGUACCGAACCGGGUCCGGUUUAUUUCUCUUUCAGCUGGUGCUGAUCAUUACUGUGGUAUCAGAGAGGAUGAUCACGGGGUUGCGUGUUGGGGAAGAAACGUGAAUUCUUCCUCUUCAGCUCCUAACACUUCAGGUUUUGUUGCGAUCUCGUCUUCAGAUUCAACUACGUGUGGUGUUAGGGAGCUUGAUCUGGUUCUUGAUUGCUGGAGAGUUCAUGAUUCUACUAAACUGGAUUAUAGUCCUCCUCUGGAGCUAUGCAGCCCCGGGGUGUGUUCCCCUCGUGGUAACUGCGGUGAUGGAUGGUUUGCUUUCAACGCAAGUAUCUUAAAAGAGUCUGAGCUCACGAGCUUGUGCUCGUUUCAUGACCUAAACAUUUGCUUACGCUGCGGGGUUGAUUGCUUGGAAGGCUACUUCCCUUCGAGUGGUUGUAACCCUAACGCGGACAGGGUAUGCACUCCUUGUUCGUUAUGUCAGAACAGUUCUUGCUACGGUGUAUGCAAGAUCCCUGCCGAGAAAUCGCGUAAGCACGAGCAGAGAGAGGUGAGGAGGCUUGUGAUCAUCAUUGGAUGCUCUGUCUUGGGGUUCUUGGUUAUGUUGGUUGGUCUAUCUUUCAUUCCGAGGAUGACUAAAGGCAGUAAAAGAGAUGAUGAAGAGAGGAGUAGGAUGACUUGUUGCUUUUGUUUCGACAAGAACUCUGUCGAAGCUGAUCCUGAUCCUGUUCCUCAGACGGGGCUUCUCCCGAGCGCUGUCUCCCUAGGGGAGACCAAGAUCUUCCGUCUCUCGGAGCUGAAGGACGCGACUCACGGGUUUAAAGAGUUUAACGAGCUGGGGAGAGGUAGCUUCGGGUUUGUCUACAAAGCUGUCUUGUCUGAUGGGGUUCAAGUCGCGGUCAAGAGAGCCAAUGCUGCGACCAUUAUUCAUUCCAACAACCGAGGUUUCGAGUCCGAGUUAGAGGUUCUUUGCAAGAUCAGGCAUAACAACAUUGUAAAUCUUUUGGGAUACUGCUCGGAGAUGGGUGAAAGGCUUUUGGUUUAUGAGCACAUGCCGCACGGUACGCUCCAUGAUCAUCUCCAUGGAGACCUUUCUCAGCUGGACUGGAGCAUGAGGUUGAAGAUUAUGUUGCAAGCUGCAAGAGGGCUUGAUUACUUACACAACGAGGUGGAUCCUCCGGUGAUUCAUAGAGAUGUGAAGACGUCUAACAUCUUGUUGGACGGCGAAAUGUGUGCAAGAAUUGCUGAUUUUGGAUUGGUUAGCUCGAGUGAAAGAGACUCAAGCAAGAGUGAUAGAGAAGGUGAUGUUUAUGACUUUGGUAUUGUUCUUCUUGAGAUGCUAAGUGGGCGGAAAGCUAACGAUAGAGAGUCUGAUCCUCCCGGGGUCGCGGAAUGGGCUGUUCCUUUGAUCAGGAAAGGUAAAGCUGCCGCGAUUAUCGAUAGGAACAUUGGUUUGCCUAGAAAUGUUGAGCCGUUGCUUAAGUUGGCUGAGUUGGCUGAGCUUGCUGUGAGGGAGAAUCCGAGCGAGAGGCCAAGUAUGAGAAAUCUAUUGAGCUUUCUUGUUCUUAUUGUCAAGACUGGACUCACCUUUUAAUUUGAAGAAGCGUUACAAAAUGUGAAUUAUAUUAUCAGCCUUGUUUUUUUAUGCUUUUGUUACAAAAUUGUACAAUUAUUGAUUAAUUAAAGUAAUAAACUGACAGAUUUCUUUGUCAAAAUGUAUUAGAAAGUGAUCUUAGUAGUGUUAAUCAAUCAGUUGUAGGCUAUGGUCAAGAUCUCUUCCAUUUUUAUCAUCAACAUAUAAACAUAGUUUGAGCUAUGGAGGCAAAUGUAAUCAGUUGCUGGCUAUGGUCUAUGCUUGCAGCUUGCAGAUUUUCUCCCUUCCUGUUUUGGAUUCUCAUUGGCUCUAUCUUUUGCCUUUCUCGGUUAUAUGAGAUUGGUUUUACCCGCUUUAGAUCACAUUCAUUCCUUGUCUGUAUAAAACAGAUUCAGUCUAGAUCUAAUCUGUUUGGAAUGUCUUGUUAAAAGUGUAUGUGAAACUUGUUAAAAUUCUAUUUUUCUGAAUAAUGAAAAUCGAGCAUACAAAAUUUCAAAAGGUAAACUUUUUAGCAAAAAAAAAAAAGAUUUGAAAGGUAAACUUCAUAUCACAACAAAGUGUUGGUAGUGUAAACUACUUUUGGUAAGAAGUGAUAUUUUAAAAAUUAGAAUUUCAAAUAGCUGACUUCGGGACUAUAGCAUAUUAUGGAUCUACGAAAGAUUAUGGAACUAAAGUUCAGAACUUCUACAGUAAUAACAAAAACUUCACAUCACGAGAAGAGCAACCUGUUUCCAUAGUUUUGGCCAGUUUUUUUGUGUCUUUUAAAGGAUCUCAAAAAGAAAAGCAAAACGUGUAGGUAUGAUUUGUGGCUUAUGGAAACUAUGCGAUUAUCAUUUUAAUACAAAUCACUUUAAAUUUUACAUUGAAUAUUUUAUUUUAUUGAAUUUGUUCAUAAUAAUGUAUAAUUGUAUAUAUGCAGUACACUCUGCUAAAGACGGGUCUAUUUUUCAUUUAUAAAUGUUAAAAAAGAAAUAUUAACGUUACUGAAAAAGUUGCUAUCCAUAUUGUUCAUACUAUCAUGUAUAUUUUCUAGUCAAAGUAAAGUAGUAUACUUUCCAUUAUAUUGAAACCCCUAGAAAACGUCCACUGUAAAUAGACGGUUACUCACACGACAUGACAUGAUACAACUACACGUGAAUUGGCACAAGAGUAUCUCCAAAAAACUCUAUUUUGAAGUUUUUCUCCUAAACAAAACUUUAAACUAAACUUCAAUUUUUUAUAUUUUAUAUUAUGUUUCUUAUAUUUAUCAUAAUUAAUUUAAAUUUAUACAAUAUUAUAAAUAACUAGCACAUAUAUAAAAAUACUACAUCAAUAUUAAUUUUUUGAUAAUCCAGGUAAUCCGGACACCCCAGAGAAAACCCGACUAAACGCCUAAGUACAUCAAUAUUAAUUAAUAAAAAAAUUACACUAAAAUCUAAAUUAUGAGUAAAAUACCACACUAAUCUGUAAAAUUAUUUUCAUAAUACUCUCAUAUAUGAUAAGUUAGUACAUUUGUUAAGUUUCUUUUGUAAUAUUGUUGUUGUAUGAAUUUAAUUUUAAAAUAUUUUAAAUCUUAUUUUAAGGUUUUUAUUUAACUUUAAAACUUAAAUUUAUGAAAAACAAUAUUUGAAAUAUUUAUGAAAUAUAAAAAAUUCAAGGAUUAAAACGAUAAACAACCAAGUAUUUAAGAAUCAUAAACGUUAUAUGCAAUUGUAAAAAGUAAAAUGCAAAUAAAAAUAUGAUACUUCAAAUUUGAAGUUUUGAAAUUUCUUUUUGAAGAGCAAAAAAGUUCGUAUUUGAAGUUAUAGAAUAUUUUUGGAGAUGCUCUAAGUGUUCAUAGGUUGAAUUUAUAAUUCAUUGAAUAUUGUGAGUUUUUACUAUUUCACUUUAGCUAAAACAUUCAUAGGUAAUUAAGAACAUCUCCAACAAUAGGGUCCUAACUUAUUUAUUUUGAAUCGAAACAUAUCCAAAGUUAGGGGUGUCAAUUCGGGCUGGCCUGGCCCGGUCCGGCCUAAACCCACUAAGACUGUUAAUAUUUGAGUCCGGCACGGCACGGCCCAUAAAUAUUUUGGACCUAGAAUUCAAAGCUCAGCCCGGUCUUUAUAGGGCUAUAGGGAUUUGCGGAUUAUUUUGGGCUUUUCGAAAAAUAAUUUGUCAUUGUCACUUCCAUCUUCUUAAUACAUGUGAAUUUUCAUUUAAAACAGUUUCAUUUUUUUGUUUUAAAAUAUAAAGUGAGUUUCAACUUUUCUUUUUCAUCUUUUACUUUUUUUGUAUGCUUUAAAAAUAUAUUAUAAACAAACCAAAUUUAAUAAUAUUUAAAUAAUCAAAUAUAAAUUAAAACUAAAUAUAUAAGAGAACAAAAUUUAUUAUAAACUUGAUCAAAUGUUUCAUACUUUAGAUUUUGAAAUUAAAAAAAAACAUGUUGUACAUAAAAGAAGAAGGUACAUUUGCAAAAUUUAAAAUGUGAUAUUUGUAAUGAUCAAACAACAAAGUGAAUGAACAAGUUUUAUAUUUGUUUUAUUAGAGUUUGAAUAAAAAUAUUAAAAUAAUAUGUCAAUACUAAUAUUGGUAUUGAUUGCAAGAAUGAUAAUAUUUAACCUAAAAUAUUAAAUUUUGGGUUUUCGGGUCGGUCCUAGCCCAAACGGACUGAGGUCCAAAAUACCCAAAGCCCAAAUGGGUUUAGUCCGAAAGGUCUGAUUUUUUUUUGUUUAUGAAACUUAGCCUAAGCCCGGUAACUUUUAGGGCUGGGCCGGUUCGGACUGUCGGACUUCGAUCCUAAUUGACAUGUCCAUCCAAAGUGAACUAUCAACCCAAAUUUUCUGUUAAGAUGGUCCGGAAAUUCUUUGGACUCGGACCAGACCACACUAGCCCAACUGCCCAACUGAUAUCUUUACAUAUAUGAUUUAUAUAUGCAAGUUAUAAUAACCACACUAAGAGGCAGCAACUGUCUCACGUGUAAAAAACACACAUCACAUCACACAGAUCGAUAAUAGUCUAGUAUUAUAAGUAUUCGAAUUAAACUUUUGUCAAAAUGAUGAGCGUGGCCCUCGGUUGUUGAAUUUUUGGCUGACCUACUUUGACUGAAUAGAAAAAUAGAUUGAUCAUUCGCUAAUGCCCAAUCGCAAGGUCUAGAGGGGGACUAGUGUGGUCCAUCUCUUAUCACUGUUAUUUUAACGGCCUUCUGGACACUACGCGUCAUUUUUCUGUCCCGAUUUAUGUCAAAUUGGUUUAAAAAAUUGGAUAUCCGAUUUUUUCCGUCUAAACCGCCUAAAUGACCGCCUAGACAGCCGCCUAAUCUAUAUAUUUUUUAUUUUUAUUUUAUUUUUAAUAAUAUUUUUAUUUAUUUAUUUGAUCUAAAAUUUUAUAAAUAUCAUUUAUAUUCAUAAUUUUGAUGAAAAUUACACUAUAUUAAGUUUAUAUAUUCUAUCUGUGUGUUUUAUACAAUCUUAAACAUGAAAAUGUAUUAAUAUUAUACACAAUUAAAGAUUAACAUGUUUUAUAACAUAGUAAACAAUCUAAAAAUUCUGUCCGCAUAAUUUUCGAUUAAUCCUCGAUUUUUUUUAGGCAAUAGUCUCAACUCGACCGUCGGAUUAGCGCCAUUCGCGUUCCCGAUCAGAGCCUACAACCCAUGAUUUGGUUUAUCCUUUUUUCUUUUUCUUUUUUUUUUACAACCCAUGAUUUAUAGUCUCUACAUCACUUCUUAUAUAAAAAAAUGUAAGUAAAUAGAUGUUCAGUGAAGUGAUGUACUACAAGUCUACAUAACGAAUAUUUUGACUAAAUGGCAAAAUCAAAUAAUUGAGACUAUAAACAGUAUAAUUGGUAUAUAUAACUUUGAGUUAUAGUUGAAACAUUUCCCCUGCACUUCUACGAACAAAUAGUGCAUGUUUGUAUAUAACAUUGCUAUAUUAAAAAAAAUCUUAUUAAGUUAGAAAUACCAAAAAAUAAAGUUACACAUUUUCAUGCGUUUGUUUCAAAUAGUCUCAUGCGUGGUUAGAAGGAUGUUGGAAUAAUUGCAGGCAUAUUGAAACAUUUCCUAGGGUUUCACCAAGUGUUUAAUAGUAACAUUUCAAAAUGUAAGAUUUAUAUAUUAUUUUUUCUAGAUAUAAUAUCAUGCAAAUUUAGUUAGCGGAAGAAAUAAUAAUGGUUUGGAUAUAGAACAAGACAAACAAAAUGAGUUAAAUAAGCCCUCUUAAUGUUUGUACCACUCAUUGAAGUUCUCUUACAUAUCCUUUUAACGUACUUAUGCAAUAAGAUCUUUAAAAGAUCAAAACUUCAUAACGAGUACUAAUUUUUCCCAAAAACAAUUAACGACGGAUAUGUGAUGAAUGUCGUCAAUAUAUUUACAUUAUAUAUGGUGUUAUAUAUUAACGGGCUAACGGCUAGACCCUGGUAUUGUGUAUAGCAUACAUGUGACGAAUUGUAUCCUUUUGCUUUCAUAUGUUUAUGUAAAUUCAGCACUUCUUGAAAAAAAUAUGUUAAAGUAUUUAACUACUUUGUUUCAAUAGCGUUACUAGUUUGAAUGAUUCGUUUUAUCAUUGUUCUUACAGAAAUAUAUACAAGUUCAGUUGAUUUAAGGAAAUUAACCUAAUCAAAGUAAAUAUACACAAAAACAGCAAAUCUAUUUUGGUAAUCAAAAAUCUUGAAUUCUUGAACUUCAGUUAUUUAUAACAUCUACCUUAAUCAGUCUAUAUUUUUGUUACAAAACUACGAUACAUGGAACUUUUCAUUGUGACAUAAACAAACCAAAUGCAAUCCUUUUGCUUUCAUAUGUUUAUGUAAAUUCAGCACUUCAUAAAAAAAUAUGUUAAAGGACUAUUUAACUAUGUUUCAAUAGCGUUAUUAGCUUGAAUGAUUCGUUUUAUCACUGUUCUUACAUAAAUAUAUACAAUUUCAGAUGAUCUAAGGAAUUUCACCUAAUCAAAGCAAAUAUACACAAAAAUAGCAACUCUAUUUUGUUAAACAAAAAUCUUGAAUUCCUUAACUUCAGUUAUUUAUAACAUCUACCUUAAGUCUAUAUUUUUGUUACAAGACUACCAUACGUGGAAAUUUUCAUUGUGACAUAAACAAACCAAAUGCAAUCAUUGCAACACCUCACGGAAACGG